AUGGCGAGCUCAGCUCUGUACGUCCUGAUGGCAGCGAGCGCGGUGGCGGCCGUGCAGGUGGGGUUCGCCCCCGCCGCGACCAGCUACAUCUACCGCAGCGACAACAACGGCCCUGCGAGCUACAUCCAGCUCGGGGCUCCCGCGCCCUACCACGCACAACACGACGCCUUCGCCGCACCCCUGCCGCUUGCACAACCCAAACUCGCACUUGAGGCGUAUGAUCUCGCGCCCCUGCCUCUCCCUUACGUGGCUGCCAAACCCAUCGUCGUUGAGGACGCCGAAGAUGAUGAUGAUGAUGACGACAGCGAGGAAUCCGACGAGUACAUCGAUGGAGGACACGAGGGAGGACAUGACGGACACGGUUUCGCUAAGGGCGGCGGCAGCGACUAUGGCGAAGAGCAUCACGCCGCUCAUGGUGAAAAGGGCAGCAAGGGCUUCAAAUCUGAAGGACAUCACGCUAAGGGUGAAUCUGGACACUACGGCAAGGAGCACCACGAAGGACACCACAAGGAGGCUAAAGGUGGAGAGAAGAAGCACCACGACGAGGCUUCAGCCCACGGCAAGCACUACGAAGGAGGCGAAAGCUACAAGGGUGGUGACCACGGACACAAAAAGCACUUCAGCAAGGGCGAGGAGGUCACUGGCUACCACAAGGUAUUCAACAAGGACGAGUUCAAGAAGGACCAUGACUUCUACGACGUAGCUGACAACAGCGGACACUUCAACAAGCAUGGCUCCCAAAAGGGUCAUCACGGUUCCGAGAAGGGAGCUCACAAGGAAGGUGGACACCACGAUUCUGCUUUCGACAAGGGUGGUUUUGGAAAGGCUGGAUUCCACGCUAAGGGGCAUGUUGAUGACGCUGACGCUGGUCAUUCUGCUGAGUCAGGCCACGAGAGCCACGGUCACCAUGAAGAGGACUACGGCAAGAAGGGAGGCAGUGCUCACGGCAAGGAGUACGGCUACGCCGACGCCGAUGGUGACGAUUAUGACGAAGACGACAGUCACUACGAUGAUAAGGAAUAAGUUUAUCCGCUUACUGCGGCAACUGUAAAUAUCUGUUGACUAUUUAAUU